CUUCUGUUAGGAUAUAACUUCAGUCCUCUGGCUGAUGGCUCUGAAGGCUUCUGCUGAUGCCUUCAACAGGCAGUCCAGCCAUUUCAGUCUACACAGGCCAACUAACAAAGCAGUCCAACAGAUCACACUGGUACGUGACAAUACGUAUGAUAUUCUGCUUGAUUUUGGAAUAAUGGAAACAGACUGUCUGAAAUAUGCCAGAAGAGCAUAUAUGGAUAGUUGCCUUUUCAAACGGGAACGUCUUGCGUCAAAAGAAUUGUGCUCCAGUCUUGUGCGUGUUGGCAGCAUGUUUGUGGCUCCUCUGGACAUCAGCUGUAUUGCUGAUGUAGAUGCACUGAGGUCCAGCUCAGAGUCCAGCAGCGAGGAGCUCUUUUUCCAGAGGACAAGACCUGCUCCAUUGCGCUCUUUCUCUCCAGGAGUCAUUCUAUGCCAAGGACAAUUUGACUGUUCCAGAUUACUGCUGUGAUUUGAAAUGAAUGUGAUUAAAUCAAACACACUUUUACAAGAUGCAUCAAAGAAAAAAAAGAAAAAAAUAAAACAGAAUCAUGUUCUAACAA